AAGAGAGCAAGGAGAGAGUAGACAACAUAUGUUGCUACCUCUGUGGCAUCGAAUAUUAACAACUAAACUGCAGACAUUCUAACACUCUGGCUGGGAGGCCUGUGGAGCAAGGUAGCUUAGCCAACAUGGCUGUCUCCUUGCCAUCUACCUUGAGACUCAAUUCUGCACCCGAUGAAAUUCAGCAUCCACUCAUCAAAUUUUCUGAGUGGAAAUUUAAGCUGUUUAGGGUGAGAUCCUUUGAAAAGGCACCAGAAGAAGCACAAAAGGAGAAGGAUUCCUCAGAGGGGAAACCUUAUCUAGAGCAGUCUCCAGUAGUUCCAGAUAAGCCUGGUAGUCAGAAUUCAGUUCUGACCCAACGAGCACUGAAACUCCACCCUAAAUUUUCAAAGAAAUUCCAUGUUGAUGGGAAGUCAAGUGACAAAGCAAUUCACCAAGCCAGGCUUAGACACUUCUGCCGCAUCUGUGGGAAUCGUUUCAAGAGUGACGGGCACAACCGGAGAUACCCAGUCCACGGGCCCGUGGACGCUAAAACCCAAAGCCUUUUCCGAAAGAAGGAAAAAAGAGUCACUUCCUGGCCAGACCUCAUUGCCAGGGUUUUCCGGAUUGAUGUGAAGACAGAUGUUGACUCCAUCCACCCCACCGAAUUCUGCCAUAACUGCUGGAGCAUUAUGCACAGAAAGUUCAGCAGUGCCCACAGUCAGGUCUACUUCCCAAGGAAUGUGACUGUGGAGUGGCACCCCCACACGCCAUCCUGUGAUAUCUGCUUCACUGCCCAUCGGGGACUGAAGAGGAAGAGACAUCAACCCAAUGUGCAGCUCAGCAAGAAACUAAAAACUGUGCUCAACCAUGCGAGACGGGACCAUCGCAAGAGAACUCAGGCUAGGGUCAGCAGCAAGGAAGUCAUGAAGAAGAUCUCCAACUGCAGUAAGAUUCAUCUCAGUACCAAGCUUCUUGUAGUGGACUUCCCAGCACACUUUGUGAAAUCCAUCUCCUGCCAGAUAUGUGAACACAUUCUGGCUGAUCCCGUGGAGACCAGCUGUAAGCACCUAUUUUGUAGGAUCUGCAUUCUCAGAUGCCUCAAAGUGAUGGGCAGCUAUUGUCCCUCUUGCCGAUAUCCAUGCUUCCCUACUGACCUGGAGAGUCCGGUGAAGUCCUUUCUGACCAUCUUGAAUUCUCUGAUGGUGAAGUGUCCUGCCCAAGAGUGCAACGAGGAAGUGAGUCUGGAAAAAUAUAACCACCAUGUCUCAAGCCACAAAGAAUCUAAAGAGACUUUGGUACACAUUAAUAAAGGGGGCCGGCCUCGCCAGCAUCUCCUGUCAUUGACACGAAGGGCGCAGAAACAUCGGCUGAGGGAACUCAAGAUUCAAGUGAAAGAAUUUGCGGACAAAGAAGAAGGUGGAGAUGUGAAGUCUGUGUGCUUGACCUUGUUCCUGUUGGCACUGAGGGCGAGAAAUGAGCACAGGCAAGCUGAUGAACUAGAGGCCAUCAUGCAAGGCCGGGGCUCCGGUCUUCAACCAGCUGUUUGCUUGGCCAUCCGUGUCAAUACCUUCCUCAGCUGUAGCCAAUACCAUAAGAUGUACAGGACUGUGAAAGCUAUCACUGGGAGGCAGAUUUUUCAACCUUUGCAUGCUCUUCGGAAUGCCGAGAAAGUCCUUCUGCCAGGCUACCACCCCUUUGAGUGGCAGCCCCCUCUGAAGAAUGUGUCCUCUAGAACUGAUGUUGGAAUUAUUGAUGGGCUAUCUGGACUUGCCUCCUCUGUAGAUGAAUACCCAGUAGAUACCAUUGCAAAGAGAUUCCGCUAUGACUCUGCUUUGGUGUCUGCUUUGAUGGACAUGGAAGAAGACAUCUUGGAAGGCAUGAGAUCCCAAGAUCUUGAUGACUAUCUGAACGGCCCCUUCACAGUGGUGGUAAAGGAGUCUUGCGAUGGAAUGGGGGAUGUGAGUGAGAAGCAUGGGAGUGGUCCCGCAGUUCCAGAAAAGGCAGUUCGUUUCUCUUUCACAGUAAUGAGAAUUACAAUAGAGCAUGACUCGCAGAACGUGAAGGUGUUUGAGGAACCCAAGCCCAAUUCUGAACUGUGUUGCAAGCCGUUGUGUCUUAUGCUGGCAGAUGAGUCUGACCACGAGACCCUUACUGCUAUUUUAAGCCCUCUCAUUGCUGAGAGGGAGGCCAUGAAGAGCAGUGAAUUAAUGCUGGAGAUGGGAGGCAUCGCCAGGACUUUUAAGUUCAUCUUCAGGGGCACUGGAUAUGAUGAAAAACUUGUUCGGGAAGUAGAAGGCUUGGAAGCUUCUGGCUCAGUCUACAUCUGUACACUUUGUGACGCCACCCGUCUGGAAGCCUCUCAAAAUCUUGUCUUCCACUCCAUAACCAGAAGCCAUGCCGAGAACCUGCAGCGCUAUGAGGUCUGGCGGUCCAAUCCCUAUCACGAGUCAGUGGAAGAACUCCGGGACCGGGUGAAAGGAGUCUCUGCCAAACCUUUCAUCGAGACAGUCCCUUCCAUCGAUGCGCUUCACUGUGACAUUGGCAAUGCAGCCGAAUUCUAUAAGAUUUUCCAGCUGGAGAUAGGGGAAGUGUAUAAAAAUCCCAACGCCUCUAAAGAGGAAAGGAAGAGGUGGCAGGCCACCCUGGACAAGCAUCUCCGGAAAAGGAUGAACUUAAAACCAAUCAUGAGGAUGAAUGGCAACUUCGCCCGGAAGCUUAUGACCCAAGAGACGGUAGACGCAGUUUGUGAGUUAAUUCCUUCUGAGGAGAGACACGAAGCUCUCAGGGAGCUGAUGGACCUUUACCUAAAGAUGAAACCUGUGUGGCGCUCAUCAUGUCCCGCUAAAGAGUGCCCAGAGUCCCUCUGUCAGUACAGUUUCAACUCACAGCGUUUUGCUGAGCUUCUCUCCACCAAGUUCAAAUACAGAUACGAAGGCAAAAUCACCAAUUACUUUCACAAAACCUUGGCACAUGUCCCUGAGAUUAUUGAAAGGGAUGGCUCUAUUGGGGCAUGGGCAAGUGAGGGAAAUGAAUCUGGUAACAAACUGUUUAGACGCUUCCGGAAAAUGAAUGCCAGGCAGUCCAAGUGCUAUGAGAUGGAAGAUGUCCUGAAACAUCACUGGCUGUAUACUUCAAAAUACCUCCAGAAGUUUAUGAAUGCUCACAAUGCAUUAAAAAGCUCUGGGUUUACCAUGAACUCAAAGGAUACCUUAGGGGACUCUUUGGGCAUUGAGGACUCUCUGGAAAGCCAAGAUUCAAUGGAGUUUUAAAUGGAAUCUCCACAUACAAGUUGUUAUUUGCCAAUGUGUUUUCUUUUGGGUUGCAGUGAGGUCUUCUCCUAGCACCCAGCACACCGUUGUGUGGGUGGGUCUUAUCACCCAAGGGGUGACAGGAUGGAGUGAGAGGCCGGAGGUGCUGUCACUUGGUCAGGGAUCAAUAGUUGACGAGAUUGCCUGAGCCGUUUAGUGAGGCCAGAAGAGCAACAGGAGAAAUCAGUUAUUUAGAAGUUCAAUAACUUUGAAACAGCAGUAGCUGCAGGGGACCAGGGAUGCAGAGAUACGUGAGUGCAUGCCACUGUGUGUCAUGAAAAUUAAAGCCAGGGCUGUCAAAGCACAGCCAGGCAUGCUAGAAAGAAAUUUGUCUUGGGCAUGUCUUUUUUUUUUUUUUCCACCUCAAUUUAUUAUAUUUUGUAUUGAGAUAUAAUGCAGGGGUUUUUUUUUUUUUGCCAUGUCAUAUUUUGUAGGGCUAUUUUGUAAGUUUUACAUAUGUUGAUUUAUUCUAUAAGAUUCAAAGGAGUCUUUGAGUUUCUCUACGACACUGUACAUUUGUAGGACACGUUGGCCUUUACCAAGGGCUCUCAGUGCAUUUUCUCGUGUGCUACAUUUAUGCAGAAAUAAAUUAAAUCAAGGCAUGUUUCAGAAAAUCAGCCUUUUCCAGGUUCAGAUGGCCUCAAUAUUGUCACCUUCAGUGUCUAGGAGGUCAUCUGCUGUCAUAAAUUUUUCAGUCAUGAAGCUAGAGAAUGCACCUGUUAGCUACAGCUACCUGUUAAGUAUGAUAAACUCAUGGUCGCUUAGCCAUCUAGCGCCAGCUCUGGCUGUUCAUUUUUACUUUUUAAUUAAGAGUAAUUUAUAGUCUUAAUGCUUUUCCAUGUGAUCUCAACGUUACAGAAUUUUCAAAUCCAUAUUUUCUGACUGCCUAAAAAACCAGACUUAAUCCCUUGUGAAAAUGUCAGUCAGAUUUUCUCUAUAUGAAACAUGGGUCAGUUUGAAUAAGUCCGGGCUCGCUAAAGGCCUGUCCUUCUGCAACGUGUUAUUCUUUUGCUUCUGAUCAGUUGAAUUUCAGUGUGUGUAGAUUUUAGUAGCAGGACAGUGCUGUACUUUUUCUACUUGUUAGGUUUAGAUGGGCUCUACUCAGAGUAGAGGGAUGACUAUGUGUACAUUGUUUACUUAUGUUUUAUCACUUUUGGAUUUUUUUGGAUUAUCCUCAAAGUUACAGGGGUAAUCAAUACCUAAUUUUAAAUUUGAACCCAAGCCUUUAUCUCUUAAUUCUGGGUUCUUUAUACUGUGUUUAUGUUGUUUAUACAGUAGCUUCGGAACUUAAUUAGGAUCUACAACUAAUCACUACAGUUUAUAGUCCCAAGAGUUAUUUCUUUGGGGUUGGAAAGUCAUCUGUUAGUCUUGGGGCUUUAGAUAGAAUAAAAUUGGGCCAAACCUCUAAGGAAUCCAUAAACCCUCUAGUGGCUGCAGUUAUUUGGAAACUAUUCAUGUCCUUAGGAAUUCAGCAUUUGCCAGGCACCAGCAAUUUAAGAGCAGGCAUGGGAUUUUAUUUGCUUGUGAGUCAUAAUGAUAUGUUACUGUUAAUUAGUUUUUUUCUUCCUUUGAUUUUUAUUGGUCAUAAUUGUCAGUCUUCAUACACACUAUAUCAAAGAGCUUUGUAAUUUAGUUGUCAAGUGUGCAAGAGUGACAUUAUCCUAAAUGGCACACAUUUGGUGCAUAUGCAGGGAUUGAAUUUAGUGCUUUCUAUUGAAAGAUGUAGCUGUUUUCUUUGCUUUCUGUAUGGAGCACAUCGAAGACAUUCAUAAUUUAGUUGUCAAAAACAUACACACACUUAAGUAUUAUCUUAAAAACCCUCUUUGUUUUGUCAUUUGCAAACUAAUAGGCUUCUAAACCACCAGUCCUUUCAUCCCAUUUAAUCCUUACAGAUGUCUGUGCACUAAUAAACAGCUAAGUUCCCACCAUCCUCCUACUCCCUAGAGCAUGCUGGCUCUGGUUGGUAGAUGUUUUCCCCAGUCACUCUGUUAGUCAAUUGGCAGCACUGUAAAUACUGCCCAAUAUUAAAUUCCCCUUGCUAGGAUUGUAGGACAAUUUCAGAAGCAUUUGACUCAGGGCAUGAUUUAUAGUACAACCUUCCCCUGACUCUCCUAAUCAGAUCACAUUCUGAUAAACCUCAAGAACACCUGGCCACAGGAUUUCAAUAUGUAGAGUGUCGCCUAUGGCUAUUUGUUUCUCUCAGUGUGGAGACUGCACGCUCGACCCUGGUCUAAGAUACUCUGCUUUUAUUUUUAAGAAUGCCUAUUGCAAAUGCAGACACAUACUUUGGGGAAGUUCACCGCAAUGCAUGGAGGAUUCCAAACCCCCCUCCUUUCCCCCAGCAGGGCUGGCGAAGUGCAAUACAUUUUUUUUUCUGCUCUGAAACCUGAAAGCUGUUUCCACAGGUCUUCCUGCCAGCCUUCUGCAGUGCACUAUGGGGACCAGUGACUGCAGCUGAUGAAAAUUGAUGAAUGGUGGGUGAGAGGUUAAGAAGUAUCUUGGGAUUAAUAAACAUGCACACAGAUGCCAGAGCAGUAGGGAAAGAUGUCUUUCUCUCUCAGGAGGACAGGAUAUUAAUUUUGUCUCAAUUUGUUUUCACAAAGUAUGCAUGAAAAUAAAGAUUUUUUUGGGGGGGAGAAAGUAUGUGUUUCAUAUAAUUUCACACAGAUUUCAAAUUCUACACAGGAGGCAGAAUUGGAGGAAUAAGCCAGGGUCUUGCACAUGCUAGGCAAAUGUAUAUAUCUGAGGAAUAUUCCCAGCUUUCUUUAAGUAUUUUUUAAGAUAAGGUCUGAUUAUUUUCACAGGCUGAUCUUGGAUUUGAGGCCCUCCCAUGCCAGCCUUUGGAUAACUGGGAUGACAUGUGUGCCCACUGGACUAGUUUUGCAAGCAGUUGUUUGAUACAUGUGUAUGCCUUUAGAUAUUGUAUGAUAGUUGUUCUAGUUUUUCUGCAAGAUAUUUUAAAUCAAAGUUGAUACUUGGUAGACAUUUAAAAAUUUUCUUUCUUUAAGCAAAACCUCAAAGUAAUUAGUUUUGGGAGAUAUUUUGUGGGAUUGUAUUUCACUUUAUUUUUUUUAUACAUAUGAUACAUUUUAUUCAAUGGUUUCCAUGAGUCUACUUUUCCUCUCUGAGGGGAGGUUUAGACACCAGGAUGCAAUGUAUUGUUUGAUUUGAGGACCUGUAUUUCUAUGUUAAAUGUUUUCAAGUGGAAGAACAUGAGUUUGAAUACUUAUUUUCAUAUUUUACUCUUUAGCAUUAAGAUCAUUUUCACAAUUUUGUGUUUAAGUAUUUGAAAUAAAAGUUUAAGAUCUGAAGAUAACAGGUGUUGUGAUUUAUAUUGGUGCCAUCCAUAAUGUCACAUAUCAAUAGUGUUGACUGCCCAUACUUAAAAUUAUCACCCCCUUUUUUUUUGAAGGACAUAAAAAUGAAUUUGGUGAUUGUGAUACUUAGUCUCAAUCGUCAAUUGCAGAAAUAGAAUCACCUGAGAGUCAGGCCUCUGGCCAUACCUGUGAGAGCAUACUUUCAUUGGGUUAACCAAUGGGAAGAAUUUCUCUCUGUUAGUAGCAUCAUCUCCUUGGGUGGGAUCUCCCAUCUCCUGGGUAAAAUUGGAGAAAGUGAGCUGAGUGCAAGCAUUCAUUGCUCUCUGCUUCCUGACCAGCUGCUUCAAGUUUGUGGGGCCUUAAUUGUCUUGCUAUGAUAGAUGCCUUUGAAUUGUGAGGUGAAACAAAUCUU